GAAUGGCCCCGCGUGAUCUCGCCUCCUCUCUCUAAUGAAGCGAAUCCUAAUCCAACUGUUAGACCUGACCAUCUCGUCAUUAUAUACAUAUCUCUGGCAUAACUUUAGUAUGACAUAGUUCUGUUGGUUGGUCUGGUCAAUAUUUGUCAAAGAGUUCCUGACCUUGAGUGGGGCGUUGGGGAUAGUGGCGGUCAUGCUGGUAAGAAGAGGCAGAGAAGAAGAGGCAGAGAGCAAUCAGGAGAGAAAGAUUAGGCAGACUGUCUCUGCGGACCCAUGGGAGAUUAACCGCAGCUCUAUAAAACUGGGGAGGUGCCUGGGCGAAGGUUUCUUUGGAGUGGUCUAUGAAGGGCUCUAUAACAACACUUCAGUUGCAGUGAAGACCCUUAGAACUGGCACCAUGGACCCUCGGGACUUCCUAAAAGAGGCCCAGAUCAUGAAGACUAUGGAGCAUCCUAACCUCAUCCAGCUCUUGGCUGUCUGCACUGAAGAACCCAUCUACAUCAUCACUGAGCUAAUGAAGAACGGCAGUCUGCUGGAUUACCUGAAGGUCAGGGUUGGAAGGCUACGUUUAAAUGACCAGAUUGAGAUGGCAGCCCAAGUGGCUUCUGGGAUGGCUUAUCUGGAGAUGAAGAAAUACAUCCACAGGGACCUGGCAGCCAGGAAUGUGCUGGUUGGCGAGAACAACGUCUACAAGGUGGCUGACUUUGGCCUUGCCAGGGUCUUACAAGCCCCACAAAUGCCUUGGAAUCAGACCAACCUGUAUUAUAUACCUGUAGGGAAAGCGAUAUUCCCUUUGAGAUGGACGGCUCCUGAGGCCAUCGCCAACGAGAAGUUCACCAUCAAGUGUGACGUGUGGUCCUUCGGAAUCUUGCUGUAUGAGAUCAUGACCUUUGGGCAGAUGCCCUAUCCAAAAAUGGACAACUCCCAGGUGAAACAGAGGGUUGCCGAUGGGUACAGGAUGCCUUGCCCUGUUGACCACUACUGUUCCCAAGACAUGUACAAUAUCAUGUUGGACUGCUGGAAGGAGAAUAAAAAUGACAGGCCCACUUUCGAGGCUCUGCAAAUGAGUCUGAGGAACGUUAGAGGUUGAAGAUUUAUGUAAUCACUCUUGAGUAUCGAUUAAAUAGCAGUAAUUAAAUGUUAGUCUUGUUUCUCAGUUCUGUCAUCUCUUUUUGAGAGUCUGGAAUGUUCCUUAGUGUUGUGUGUUACUGAAGACUAUCUUAAAGUGCUACCAAAUCACUGCUGAUUUUACUGACUGCACUGGGAAGGGAUAAAAGUUGAUGUCAUCUCUGCUGUCUUCAGACAUGGUGUGUGCUUCCAAAUUAAACCUUUUCUUUCUGCCUUUA